AUGUCAGAUCUUUUUGGUAAACACCUUAAAAAGAAAACCGCCAGAGCUAAAGAAAAAUUAUUAGGUGGUUUAGGUAAAGGAAAAGCAACUACAGAUGAAGAAUUUGAUAGGAAUGUUUGUAAUGUUAAUAAACAAGCUAAAGUAUCAGAAAAAUUAUAUAGAGAUAUGAAAAAUUAUGCUACUUCUUUAAAGGCUCUUCAUGUUGCAGAAGAGCAAUUAAGAAGUUCAAUAAAAGAUAUGUAUGAAGAAGAGUGGCCAAAUAGUAAUCAUUUUAUAGCUGCUCUUCAGGGUGUUUGCUGUGCUGAGGAGGAAUAUGAAAGAAAAUUUAAUGAAGAAAUUCUAAAAUCUGUAUAUGAUUAUAAAACACAAUUUUCAGAUAUUCAAAAAAAAAUUGAAAAAAGAGGAAGGAAAUUGGUUGAUUUUGAUGCUGCAACAAGAGAAUAUGAAAAUAUUAAACAUGGUGGAAAAAAAAGUGAUGAUGAUCCAAAAGUUCUUAAAGCAAAAGAGGAAAUGAUGGCUGCUGAAGAGAAAUAUAACAAAAUAAAUAAUGAACUUAAUGGAUUAUUACCUGUAUUAUUUGAUUCUAGAAUAACUUUUUUUGUUGAUACCUUUCAAACAUUGUUUGAUACUCAAGCAACUAAAGAUGGUGAAGCUUCAAAACAAAAAAAAACUAUUGUUGUUGAGUUAGAUAAAUUAGGAAUGGAUCUUCAAAAUCUUCGUGUUACUAGAACAGAUUCACCAACCGAUAAUUCAACACCAAAUAAACAUAAUACAAGCAACAACAAAACUCUCGAUGAUUUUAAUUCCUCAAAAAUUUCACAAAAUUUGGUAGAGGAAGAUAAUGAUGUUAAAAAAAUACCACCACCAAAACCUAAAAGACAAAGAGAUCCUUUAAAUCCAUUUGAUGACAGUGAUAAUGACGAAGAAUUUUAA